AGACCCGUUGGCUCGGGCGGCGCACCCCCCGCCGCGCGCGCGCGCGCCCGCCGAGCUCGCCGGUUCCGCGCCCCGGUUGGCAGAGCAUGGCGAUGCUCCUGUCGCGGGCGCGCCUGGGCCUGCGGCUGGCCCGCCCGGCGCGCUCGUCGGAGAUGCUGUCGGCCUACUCGGAGUCCGGCUCGUUCUCGACCUUCUCGUUCCGCAUGCGCUACACCAUCCUCCUGAAGAAGUGGAACGACCCCGCCGUGGCGGACUUCAUGUACGAGAAGUGGCUCCACGCCUGGGUGGCCGACGCCCCCUCGUACAACUACUGGUUCGUCUGCUCGCUGGCCAUGGGCCUCAUGUUCGGCUUCCUCUCGCGCCAGUGGUUUUUCAACCCGGACAUCUACGGGCGCAGUCAGGAGAUGCGCAAGCCCCUGCCCGACCGCCACAGGCAGUGGACCUACUGCCUCCCGUACUACAACCACCGCCUGCGCAACAUGUCUUGCAAGUACAAGUGGUGCAUGAUCGACAACGAGCCCGAUUGGGGCGACUUCCAUCCGCUCGGCUACCGCCCGAACCGGUCGCAGAUCCACCGCCGCCCAUGGAUGUGGUGUUUCAGCAUCAACCGCUACCUCUGCGAGGACCCGCUCUACACAUCUUGCACCCACGACAACAUGACGCGCAUGUACCAGGAGAUCGGCUACGAGAAGAAGAAGCCUUGGGAGAUCGUCGAGGAGGACUGAGCCCCUGGCGCGGGGCGGAAAUGAGGCAUUUCGGCGGCGAGCGUUAGGGGGGGGGACAGAAAAGAGCCUCUCGGAUAGCGCGAGGGCUUCUGAGAAGUCCCGCCGCCCUCUGAGAAGUCCUUCUCCUUCUCAUUUCUACCCCUCGCUCGCCGCCGAGCACUGGAGCCGGGCGCGCUGCAGGGCAGGCGGAGAGAGUUCCCGAAGAAGGUGCCCGAGCUCCCGGCGGUCCGCGCGGCGUCAGGGGGGGGGGGGCGUCGAGAGCCUCAGGGGUGAUGGGCGCGUCGGGGGUGCCAGGAGCG